UAUCAGUCAAGCGUGGGAGAUUCUCCGACACGGGUCAGUUUCAUGAACAACAAAUCAACCCAGCCACACACAAGAGUAGCAUUUGAUCUGCAGUGGGAAAAGCAUUGGAAUGAAAUCUGUGGAUGUAAACAAAUUAAGCGAUGGCAUCGAAGCUCCUCUUUGGAUGUUUUGGAAACGACGCAGAUAUGUUGUGGUUCUGAUGGCUUUUUUGGGAUUUUUAAACGCAUAUACAAUGCGGGUGAACCUAAGCGUAGCAAUUGUGGCUAUGACUGCAAAUCGUACCAUUCUGCACGAGAACGGAACUGUUAGCUAUGAAAAGCAUUUUGAUUGGAGCUCCAGUGUUCAAGGGCACGUGCUGAGUUCAUUUUUCUACGGAUAUAUCUUAACACAAAUUCCCGGAGGAUAUAUCUCCAACAGGUUUGGGGCAAACAAUGUUUUUGGAGUUGGAGUUGGAACAACAGCAAUACUGACACUUCUGACCCCAACAGCGGCCUACGCUGGUAUCGGGUGGCUCUUCGCCGUCCGAGUGUUGGAGGGAAUGUUCCAGGGUGUAUCAUUUCCUUGCAUGCAUGUACUUUGGUCCCGGUGGGCUCCACCUAGCGAGCGAUCUCGGAUGGUUAUGUUCUCCUUUGCCGGUGUAUUUGCCGGAACAAUCAUUGCGAUGCCCAUGAGUGGAGUAUUAGCAGAAACCUUGUCAUGGGAGAGUAUAUUCUACGUUUUUGGAACAGUCGGUUGUGUGUGGUAUAUCGGCUGGUGGUUAAUUGUGAAAAGAUCCCCAGAAGAGGAUACAUUAAUCAGUUUUAAGGAGAAAGAGUUCAUCCUGCAGAGUCUCGGGCGAGUUGAAGGGGAACAGGAAAACAUUAGGCACCCGUGGAGAGCAAUCUUCACAUCGAAGGCAGUGUUUGCACUGAUUGUAGCCAACUUUUGCGAGAACUGGGGUUUCUACACUUUGUUGACUCAGCUUCCAACGUUUUUGAAAGAUACGAUGCACUUCGAGGUUCAAACAACCGGAUUUAUAGCCGCUCUGCCGUACUUUGCGAUGGGUCUCACUCUGGCUGUUGCCGGAUAUCUGGCCGAUUGGUUCCAAAACAAAGGUAUUCUAACGACAACCCAGGUGCGGCGCUACUUCAAUUGCAGUGCGUUCGUGAUGCAAACCGUGUUUAUGGUCGUGGGCGCGAUUAUCCUGGAGCCCGUUGCUACCGUGGCUUGCAUUGUGGUGGCCGUUUCGAUGGGUGCCUUCGCAUGGUGUGGUUAUGCCGUCAAUCAUCUGGAUCUGUCGCCAAAGAGUGCAGGGGUGCUUAUGGGAAUAUCCAACUCAUUCGCAACAAUUGCUGGUGUUCUUUCACCAAUUGUAACGGGUUAUGUUACGGCGAAUAAGACGGAUGAUGAAUGGAGAAUGGUGUUUUACAUUGCUGCUGGAUGUUAUAUGGUUGGAUUUUUCGUGUAUUGGAUUUGGGCUUCGGGCGAGUUACAAUCUUGGUCUAUUGAGAUGCAGGAAAGGAGUAAGCAGGGCGAUAAUGCAAAAGACGGUCAAUUUGUCUACGACAACGCUUUAAGGUGCGAGGACUAGGACCUUUUUGUCAGUUUGAUCUCUUACAGCUUUUAAUUGACAUUUCUUAUUAUAUAAGCAAUAUUUUCAUCUUUCGUAUUUAUUGUGAUAAUAUGUUUUUGAUGACAAAUAACAGACUUCGAAAAGACGCUUUUUUUUUCAAAUGUUCAUGUUCAUGUUGGAUGAUGCAACCGAACGUAUCACCGUUUUCGUUGUUCAUUCUGAACAUUGAUAUAAUAUAAGAUCAGCUUUAGCUUCAAUUACGGAUUGCAAGAGUCGAGGCAUGCUUUAAACAAUAUUUUUUGUUGUUGAUAAUACAGGGUCUUUCAGAUUAAACGCUCACGCAAAAAAAUCGAAUAGCUCCUUAUAUUUUUUUUUCGUGAAGGACCGUUGCUAGGUUAAUAAGCCACAAAAUUUGGAGGAACUUAAAGAAGAAACAACUCGGAUUUUCAACAGCAUCGAAGUCGUAAUAUUAGAGUUGUGUAUGAAGAAUUUUGUUCAUAGAUUAAAACUCGUUAUCGUUAUGGGG